AUGUUUAAUUAUAGCCUUGCUGAAGACACAAAAGUCGUUUGUCCAAAACCGAAGUUUACUAGACACACUUCCGAAAAAGGAACAAAUCCAUUGUUCAUCGAGACACGUAGUCACUCAGUACAAACACGUCUUUCCUCGAUUCCAUCUCCUCAGAUAACCGGCACAGUGCCUACAUCGUCGAAUUCUGCAGCCAGUGGUCAAGAAACUUCCUUGAUCCUUCAUCGAGUCAUAGUUGAUCCCUCAGCCAAAAAAUCUUCCCCUGAAGGCGGUCUAACUGCAAUCCUCCCAUUGCUCAAGCAGUGCACACGAUGUGGUUCGCAGCGAGUUCGUUUGGUACUUGUAGAACGACCGCCUGCAUCGGCUUCACGCACCCUGCCAAUUCCAUCGCCGAUUCCGUCACAGACCCCUGUUGUUAGUACACCGACGAUUCAUCGACAGCAUCAUCAUGAUCAUGGUAAGAGCCGACCCGUAUUCUCCACUCUGCCCAAAAAGAGCGAAAGGAAAAGGAAGGAACCGAGGAUUUUGCGACCUGAGCAACAGGCGAGACAGCAAAUGUGGAUGGAUGAGAGAUCUAUGAUGCAACCAAUUUCACUCCCAAGUUCUCAAUAUAGUCUUAGAGAGAAACCUCAAAGAGCCGCAGUAGCAACCGCGGUGAAGUCCUUGGAGAAAACUUCAAGAGUGGGAAGUUCUCGUGGGACGUGUUCUCAUCGCCAUCAACCCCGCGAUGCUACUCCGCAAAUACCUUCACCAAAACUUCACUCAAACACCCCUCGUCAUCGUCAUCAGCAUCAUGGUCCUCUGGAGGGAAUGAGUAGUAGUGGAAGUAGGGGUCACUCUUUGCCAAGAGACCCUCGACCGUCUCCACGUCAACAGCCGUUUAGGCAUGAACACCACCAUCAUCACUUUCACCAUAAUAAGCCAACCUCUGCAAUCAUCAAAUCCUCCUCUCAAGAUACUCCGUCAACUUCUCAUCAAUGGUGGAUAACUCCAAUCACAACGAAGACGAAAUCAUUCCAAAAUGUGCCUGUGAAACAGCGACCUAGUAGGCGGGGGAAGCAAAAGGUUGGACCUCCAGAACCACGACUUGAAGGUGACGGGGCCGCCGCACCAUCAAGUUCGUCACUAAAAGGAGGAACAUUAAUUGGUCUACCUCACUCUCACAUCCAACCGCGUCAACGACAUCUACUUUCUCCACCGGCAAUGGAAUCUCAACCUAUUCCCCCAGCCUUAUUGAUGCCUCAUUCCCGCCGAUCGCUAACAACUCCUAGCACCACUUAUAUUCCACCAGCAUCCUCUGCAACCACCCCUAUCUCCUUCAGUCAACCCAUGUUGGCGCAGACAUCUACAUCAACCGGCCGACAGCCUCGUCGAACCUAUGAUGAAGUCGAUUACCUUCUCUACAAUCUCUGUCUGAAUAUCGAGAGUGCCCUUUGA